AGGCAUUAAGGUCUACGCAGCCAUGGGCAAUCAUGACUUCCACCCCAAGAAUCAGUUCCCAGGAAAAGAACACAGGAUCUACAGCCAAACAGCCAAGCUGUGGCAGCCCUGGCUGAGUGAUGCUUCCACUGCCCUUUUCAGAGCAGGAGCUUUCUACAGUGAGAAGCUGCCUGGCCCGGGGACAAGGGGGCGAAUCAUUGUCCUCAACACCAACCUGUACUAUGACCAGAAUGAUGAGACAGCUGGUGAGGAAGAUCCUGGGGGGCAGUUCCAGUGGCUGGAAGAGACACUGACCAACGCCUCCAGAGCCAACGAAAGGGUGUACAUUGUGGGGCACAUCCCCCCUGGCUUCUUCGAGAAGAAACGGGGCAAGGCCUGGUUCCGGCACAGCUUCAACCAGCAGUACCUGCGGGCAGUGCAGAGGCACCACGCGGUGAUCGCUGCCCAGUUCUUCGGGCACCACCACACCGACAGCUUCCGGAUGUUCUACAGUGACACAGGUUCUCCAAUCAGUGUCAUGUUCCUGGCCCCUGGAGUGACUCCCUGGAAAACAACUUUACCUGGAGUGACCAACGGAGCCAACAAUCCUGGGAUCCGGGUGAUCGACUAUGAUCCAGACACCCUCCAAGUGCUGGAUAUGGUCACUUACUACUUGAAUCUAACUCAUGCCAACAUGAUGGCCUCGACAGGGCAGGAAGAGGUCCCAGUGUGGGAGGAAGAGUACAGGCUGACAGAGGCCUUCCAGGUGCCUAAUGGCUCUGUGGGCUCCAUGCAGUCGGUGCUGGAGAAGCUGUCAGAGGACGCAGGCAGUCUGCAGCAGUACCACGAGCUGAACUCGGUCAGAUACGACCGCAGCCCCUGUGGGGAGGGCUGCCGGCUGGACCACCUCUGUGCCAUCAGGGAGGUUGAUUUCACAAAGUACAGUCAGUGUGUCAGAGGCAGCAGCCCUGCCCCUGCCCUCACCAGCACCUGCCUUCUGCUUUCUGGCUUGCUCUUAGGCCUGCUCAGUCUGCAGCCAGCAUGGUGAUGGAGAGAGCACAGGGGCACCCUGCACAUGGAUCAGCAGGUGGGAAGGUGCCUGGCACUGAGAACUGGCUUGGAAACCAAGAUGAGUUCAGAGGCCUUCACUAAAAGCUGUGUGAUGUUUGUGUGAA